UGUUUAUCCUUUUUCUUUAAGAACAAAAAGUUUGAAUACUUUAUUGAGUUGGGAUAUGGAACCCAAAGAUACUCUGAAACUGCAGAAGCCUUUGAAGAACUGAACCCUGAACAACAACAACAAGUCUACCCAACUAUCAUGAAUGUAUCUUGUGAAGGAAACUGUACAUUAAGACCAGGAGAAAUGUUGGAGUUUAACAUGAUGCUGAGUUGUCCUAAAGGACUUAAUAAUUUUGACUUUUCAGCACGCUGUACAAAUAAUUCAGAAAUUAGCCCUGUUAGUAUUAUUUACGAAGAGCAAGAUUAUUUUGGACACUUUCCUUCUCCGAGAAAUUGGAUUUAUAAAUACUUUAUACAAACUUCUCGUGCAGUCCAUAACUUUCAGGAGAAUAAUCUUUUAAAAGUGUCAUUUAUGGUGAUGGCUGGAUUUAAUGCAAGUGAGGGGAGUUAUCAAUGUGUAUUUUCUACAGCAAAGGAAAUGGAAACCCUAGAUCUAUUCGUGACAGGAGAGUUCAAAAACAUGUCUGGAGAGAGUAUAAAUAUAACGUAUAGCAGAGUCAACUAUAAUAUGGACAGCAUUACUCCGGCUGGGGGUGAGGUUGCCUACGAUAUUAAUCUGAAUAUCCCCUAUGGGAAGCAAUUCAAUCUUCUCAGCCUUAAUCUAUUCCAGGCAAACAAUUUCAAAAUGGCUAAUUUGAGAGUUUGCAACAUGAAAGUUCUCAACAUUGGAAAGGAUUUAGUUUGUCCUACAAGGAUUGCUAUUCAAAAUGCGGCUAUUAAUGCAAACUUUGGAUAUAAACAUUUACAUUUUUUUAAUGUUUGCUCCAAAAAAAUGCAGCCGCUGCUUUCUAACAAAAAUAACAUAGUUGUCCGAGCUGUUUAUGAAAGCACUUCAAACAUAGACAGUAGUGCAUCUAUGCAAGAUGUAACCUUACAACUGCAGUUACGAGAGAAUCAUAUUUUAGCACAAAAUAUUCCAAUUCAAGAUAUGUUCAACACUAGCACUGCAGAGGAUAAAGCUGUUGCUGGGCACUGGGGUGGUUUUAAAUGUGUUGGUAAUCGCUGGAUCUCUCUUAAUUCUGGUAGAUCAGCCUGUUUUCAUUGGCCUAAACAGGCAGUACCAGACCCAGAUUAUCUAUGCCAGCUAUCUGGUGGAUAUUUAGGAGAUGUUAGACCUGAAGAAUGGUACAGCUUACAUCAAUUUUUUAGUUGGCAUCGAUCAAAUUUUGCCAAUAGAAACAUAAUCACAUCAGGCAUAGCAACCCGAGAUAUGAAUGGAGAUCCUAUAUUUACAUGGAAGAAUACGGGGAAAAGAUUUAAAAUAGGUUUAAACGAAACAUUUAACUCACUUCCCACAGAUACAUCAAUUGACGAUUUUGAAAAUAAUGCAACUGUUUUCAUCUCUGUUUCCAACUUUUAUUAUGAUUUCAAAGAAGCAGAUGGUAUGCGGUUUUAUUUCAAAGUUGGACCUCCUGAUUACAAUUUUAUAUUAUGCAUGCAGGACGUCCAGCAGCAUGAAAACCUAUUUUAUGGAUAUUUUUUAAACCCACUUGUUAAGAGAGACAACUCAAAAGCAAUUGGCUUAUCACAAGGGAGUAUUGGAUUAAUAACUUUUAAGAUAAAGUUACGCCAAUACACACAAACACCGCUGAAAUUAACUACAACAAUAGACAAGGACAGUGGUGGUCCUAGAAUCUGCAAAAUAAAGAUUUUUCAUGUUGGAGAAAAUAUGCCAUGUGUUCAGCAAUCUACAUUUGGAAUCUAUUCGAAACAAAACUCUACAAAAUAUACUUAUUUAAAAAAUGAUUCUACCGAGGAAGCCACAAUCUACUUUGAGAAACUGUCAAACUGGGGCACUUCAUCUCAGGAUGAUAUCAAUGAUAUUAGAGAUGUUGACACCAUAGAGAUAGGAAUAUUUUUGGACACUGACCUGUCCCAGCUAACCAGCUUCAAUCUCUCAAAUCAAAUUGCACAUCUAAAUGGGCAAAGUAUACCAAGAGUUCUGACCUGGAGGGAUAGGAUUAAAAUUCAAGUUGGAACUAAAGAGGAAUGGAACACAAACUUCUCCUUCAACAUUUCAGUUCUACCUUCAGAUAACACGGAUGUUAUUGUUAAAGGAACCUGCAAAAGAAUUUCCAUAAGGUUCAGUCCUUUCAGAUCUAUAAAUAUUUGGCCUUCAAUUGAAAACCUAGGAUUUGAUGAUGGUAUCUUUGUAACUUGGUGUGGAUUCUACACCUUUAAGACUGGAGAAAACUUUCCUUGUUACAAUGCAUCAACGUCUGGUCCAUACAAAACUUGUGUUGAUACUCCCAGUAAAUCAUGUUUUAAAACUGACGAUGCAGGCACCAAAGAGUUUUGGAGAACUACCUACAUGAGGGAAAUGAAGCUUCAGUACUAUAAAUAUAUUAAUAACCCAAUUGAUGAUCAGGUUGAACUUGAAGUUUCUAUUCGUGUUCCCGACCGUGUACCCAAUGGUACAGUUAUCCCAUUCAAAAUGUCUCUUUGCAAAUUGGAUUAUCUUGUUUAUGAUCAACCACCUCCAUCCUGCAUUAGUUCACAUAAAGAUGUCAUGUUUAAUUUGACGGUUGUAGAUUUUGACCACUCUGUUCAUGAUUUUUCAUCAAAAAUAUCAAAAUAUGAUAGAAAUGUGUAUGCAUCCCUUGAUCAACCUUCUCUUAACUGCACCCAACUAUCACCAAUACAACUUAUGAUUAAAGAACGAUCAUGGAUAAACUUUACUUUGUCCUUGCCUUUAGAUUCAACUUUAUUAUUCAAUCUAUCAGUCAUGUCAGAAACUAGUUUAAACAGGACUUUAAUUCAUCUGAAUGAUAUUCAAUUUGCUAAUAACAAUAAUGAGGCUCUGUUCCUUAAUGCUUUGGGUGUGAAUGACUUUAUCGAUAUCAGGAGUAACUACAACACAACAUUUUACAAGUCGGAAAAACUUUCAACUUUUGCACAAAAAGAUAGACUGUUCAUUGAUUUUGGAUAUAUGACAAACACUGCAGCUCAAAGAAAUUGGUUUGGAUACCAAAGUCAUUUUGGAGAAGUCAACUUUCAACUUCAGAUUGAACUAACUGAUCAUCCUCUUAUUUUGAAUGGAAUUACCACAAAUAUCGAUAUAGUCGCUUAUUUGGGAGAGUUUGUUUUAAAAUGUUCUGUUCCUGUAUCUACAAUAAGAAAUAGCAGUGUACAAGAACGCAAAACUACAGAGCGACCCUUUCUUGAAGUUGACAUGAAAAUAGUCAACUACUCAAAUAUUGAUACAUACCCUCACAAUGCCAUAUUGCCUGUGUCAACAUUAAUAUACCAUAGCAAUUCAUCUAGAGGCGAGGGAUACCCUGUCACAGUAAGGUUUAUUGUUGAUCGAUACUCAAGAAUUGAUUUAUCAAGCAUCAAAUCUAAUUAUACCAGAUUGACCAUUGAUCAAUUAGAGUCAGGAUAUGGUUCUCUUAAGCUAGAGGUGAUCGAUGAAAUCAGAAAGGAACCGUAAGUGUAAGUUCAAUUGUGACCCUUCAUGCAAAGAUGACAAUGCCUGAUUGGC